AUGGCGACUACAGGCAAUCAAAACCAAGGUGCCCAUCAAUCAGCACUUCCCUUUUUGAUGGGGAAAAUUAUGAUUUUUGAUGAGUAUGAUGAACUGGAGGAUACAACAACUUUGAUGAAUGCCCAAAGACAACAAUUGAAAGAUCAUAAGAAGAAAGAUGCAAAAGCUUUAGGCUUGAUUCAACAAGGAGUUGCUGAUACAAUCUUUCCCAAAAUUAUCAAUGCUUCUAAAGCAAAGGAGGCAUGGGAUAUUCUCGAGAAGGAGUAUAGAGGCAGCACGAAGGUGGUAAAUCAAAUGAAGACCUAUGGGGAAGAUAUUUCUAAUCAAAGAAUUGUUGAAAUUUUUUUGAUUAGUUUGCCGGAAAAAUAUGACUCUAUUGUUGCUGUUAUUGAAGAGACUAAAGAGCUUGAAAACUUGAGUGUUGAAGAAUUGAUGGGUUCCAUAAAAGCAUUUGAGCAAAGGUUAAGUAUGCGCUCUGAAAAGACAAUUGAAAGUGCUUUUCAAUCCAAGCUCAAUGUUAGUUCCAAAAAUCAAGAAAAAUACCCAUCAAGUUUUGAUCGAUCCAAAGGUGAAUCUUCUAGAGGUGGAAGACACGGAAGAGGAAGAGGAAGAAAUUCAAGAGGAAGAGGAAGAAAUAAUUUUGAGAGAAGUGGAAAUAUAGAGUCCACUCAACAAAAUUGUGGAAUUUGCAAGAGAAGUAGCCAUGUUGACAAAGAUUGUUGGUUUCGGGGAAACCUCAAUGUUUCAAUUGCAAGAACUUUGGACAUGUUCAAGAAGAUUUCCGGUUGA